AUGAAGAGAAAUCUCGACUCAUUUCUCAAGGAUCACCAUUCGUUGACUUCCAACUCAACGCCAUCUCCCAAAGUCAACGUCAAAGUUCCUGGACCGCCUGCCAAGGUUCCCAAGUCCAAGUCCAAGUCCAAGUCCAGCAUGGUGACCACCACCUUUCAACUCACCAGUAAGGAGCAGCAGCUCCGUCGUCUGCUUCUUGAUGUUGCCAAAGAAAUAGACGAGUCCGGAAAAACUCCAGAGCCUAUUGUGCUCCGUUGGGCCGGUGGCUGGGUACGCGAUAAGCUGCUCGAUAUCCAGAGUCAUGACAUAGACGUGGCCAUCAACGCCAUGACUGGGGUCACUUUUGCUCAAGCUAUGUGCGAUUAUUGCGAACGACCAGAGGCCAUGUCCAAGCACAGCAUUGGCCCCGCAGAUAUUGGAAGCCUCCACAACGUUGCGCGCAACCCUGAGAAGUCCAAGCAUCUGGAAACGGCCAUGGUCAAGAUGUUUGGUCUGGAUCUCGAUUUCGUCAACCUCAGAAAGGAAACCUAUACCGAGGACAGCCGAAACCCUCAAAUGGAAUUCGGCACGGCUGAAGAGGACGCUCGCCGCCGCGAUGCCACCGUGAACGCACUCUUCUACAACCUACACGACGAUCGUGUUGAAGAUUUUACGGGGGGACUUGCAGAUAUGGAAGCUAAAAUAAUCAGAACCCCUUUGGAGCCCUUCCAGACCUUCAUGGACGACCCUUUGAGGGUUUUGAGACUUGUUCGUUUCGCCAGCCGGCUCCAAUUCACAAUUGACGCCAGCACGCGCAGAUACAUGGCCGACCCAGAGGUCCUUGAGGCAUUGCGUGCCAAGAUCAGUCGAGAGCGAGUUGGCGUAGAGUUGGAGAAAAUGCUCAAAGGAGAUCACCCUUUUGAAGCACUUCAACUCAUCCAUGAGCUACAACUCUUCCAUGCAAUCUUUACCGACCCAACCCAGGAAAAUCUCCCAGUCCCCGACAUAUCGCGCUGGGCUGUUGCUUAUACUUGUCUUGAUGAGCUUCUCAAGGAUCGAGACUCGACUUUCAUCGCUGGUCGACUUAUCACAUCCACGGAUGCCACAUACUCCGCUUGGAACCUUGCCGCGCUCUCUCCAUGGAUGACGGUCGAAGAGCCUCCGCAUCCUCGUAGGAAAGCAAACGCUCUCCCUCUCGUGGCCAUUGUCUCACGCGAAGGCUUCAAAGCCCCAAAUCGACUUUCGAGUAUUGUUGCUGCUUCGCAUCGCAAUCGCGACGAAAUUUUGAAGUUGAAACGUGCCGUCUGCAAUGGAGAGUCGUACAUCCAAGAACGAGAUCGCUUCGGCAUGGCAAUCAGGAAGUGGGACACUCCCGCUGGUACCUGGAGACUGCAGGUUUUGAAUGCACUACUCGUCGAGGCCCUAGAAACCCUCACGGCCUGGCGCCAAGAAGAGUCAGCAGAACAAAGUAACUUCUUAGCAGGCUGGAAGAGUUUCCUCGACCACCUCGCCAAGUUAGACGUCUAUGAAGUUACGACCCUCGAAAAGCUCCUUGAUGGCGGAAAGCUCGCCAAAGCACUUGGUGGUAUCAAGCCGGGGAAAUGGACAGGUCCGGCUCUAGAUAAGAAGUACAGCGGCGGAGAGAAGAGUUGGGGAUACCUAUCUAUCCUACCUGAGGCAUCCUAUCUCAAGAUCCGACGUUCGCUCUUCAUUUUUCUCCUUCACCAACACUCAACCAACGAUAACAUGCCAGCCACUGGCUCUGAUACCGUACUUGGUGCGUUGGAAGGGCUCCUUGGCCCUUCAAAUACAGCAUUGUUGCAUGAUGUCUCGGACCACUCAGAACUCCUCACAGAAGCAGCUGUUGCCAGUCUCAGUAUCUUGUGCUCGAAAUAUCGCAUUACCCUGGACCAGGUUACUCUCGUGAAGCUCACAGCUGUUACUGAUUCUCAGGACCCAUGGACAACUGCACAAGCUGCAGCAGCAGCUUCAAAACUUUUGUUGGAACACCUUGAGGGUGAAAGUCUGAACGAGUUUAUCACCAACGCGGUCCUUGAGAAGCAUUUGAAGCCAUUAUUUAUGAAAUCAUCCUCGCGAAUCACUGCUUCAGGACGGCCCUCCCAGUAUGACAUGGUUGAUGAUCGGUCCCGGCCUGUGAUUGAAGUGCAAUCAUGGAGGACUCAGGCCCCGUGGGCAGAGGCCACAAUACAAUGGACAGUAAAUAUGUCUACGACGUCACUCAUCAAGCAGCACUGGCCGCUUUUCUUACCAGUCCUGUUGGCGCUGGUGGAGAGCGAGUCUACCAAGACCAAGGCCAGAGGCUUAAUGACCACGAGAGAAUUCAUGAACAGAUGCCCAGCUCAAGUACUGCAAAACACAGGCAUAGGCCGUGUAUUUGCGGACGUCACAUUCCCGCUCCUGCUCUAUCUCCCCAGCGUCACACCAGAGGAUGAGUCUACGACCAUACUCAUGCCGGCUUACGACGUGCUUAUCAAGCUGGCCCAGGCCACCGGGGAUACCAACAGUAUCGAGCGUCGCCGAUUAUUUGACAAGAUCCUCAGAGACGGAGUGUUCGCAGGCUAUUUCCAUGCUUCUCAGCACACUCGCGUUGUCCGCGUUCUGUUACAGAAGGCAACAGCAGUAAUCAGUAGUCUGGGUAUCUAUACAACCAAACACUUAACUCCUCUUCUCUCAAUGGUAUCAUUAGUCAUGACAGACCCCUUUGCAGUCUCAUAUCCUCCGACCCUGAUGGCGGCGACGCAAACCAUGAGCGCCAUCAUUACUAAUACAUGGCCUCGUAUCCAAGGAACUGAGCAUAUGGAGAACGUCGCCCGAAUUCUGUCAUUAUGCUGGUUAAACGUCUCCGAGGAGAUCGAGCAUGAGGCAUCUCGGACCUCAGCUGAUAUCAACACAUUGUCACAAGAGUUGGCACAUGCAGCUCGAAUUCUUCAGGCCCUCUGGGACCAGGAUGCCUCUGAACGUCCCGCGAAGCUGAGUGAAGCCCUGAAGCAAGAACCGCGGCUGUCUACUCUGUUCCCGAAAAUGCUCGCUGAAGGCUGA